CUGACCCAUGGCCUGACCCUCUUCAAACGCACCCAGAGACUACUCUGCGCCCCCAGUCUGCGCCCCGCCCCGGCUGGUCCAGCCCCUCCUUGUAGCAGGUUAAGAGCCCCCCAGAGCCGGGAGCUGCGGACAUAAGCGCACUCGUUGGGGGUGGGGGUGGGGGGCCAGUCGUUCUCGUUGUCAUGGCGACGGCGCGGGUGGCCUGGGCCCUGCGAGCCACCUCUAUGGGCGGAAGGCUGCGCGGUCCCCGAGGCACCGGGGGCGCCCGGAGGCUGAGUGGCAGCGCGCGACGGCGGGCGGCCAGGGGCACCAGCCCGGGGCGCCGGCUCAGCACCGCCUGGGCGCCCGCCCAGCCCGCGCGAGAAGCGGCCGGGGACGACACCCACUCGCCUGCCGCGGAGGAGCCUGAGUGGACACCGCCCCCCGCGCCCCCGCUGCCCCCCGAGCCCCUCGGGCGCGAGGCCGGCCGCUCGCUGGUGCAGCGGGACAUCCAGGCCUUCCUGAACCAGUGCGGGGCCAGCCCCGGGGAGGCGCGCCACUGGCUCACGCAGUUCCAGACCUGCUACCACUCCGCGGACAGGCCCUUCGCGGUCAUCGAGGUGGACGAGGAGGUCCUCAAGUGCCGACGGGCGGUAACCAGUCUGGCCUUCGCCCUGGCAUUCCUGCAGCGCAUGGACAUGAAGCCGCUAGUCGUCCUCGGGCUGCCGGCUCCCACGGCGCCCUCUGGCUGCCUCUCCUUCUGGGAGGCCAAGGCACAGCUUGCCCAGAACUGCAAGGUGCUGGUGGAUGAGCUGCGGCACAACGCUGCCACUGCCGUGCCUUUUUUUGGUGGCGGGUCGGUGCUGAGCGCGGCUGAGCCAGCCCCCCAUGCCAGCUAUGGCGGCAUCGUCUCGGUGGAGACUGACCUGCUACAGUGGUGCCUGGAAUCGGGCAGCAUCCCCAUCCUGUGCCCCAUCGGGGAGACGACCGCACGGCGCUCCGUGCUCCUCGACUCGCUGGAGGUGACCGCGGCUCUAGCCAAGGCGCUCCAGCCCACCAAAAUCAUCUUCCUCAAUACCACAGGCGGCCUGCGCGACAGCAGUCAAAAGGUCCUGAGUAACGUGAACCUGCCCGCCGAUUUGGACCUGGUGACCAACGCUGAGUGGGUGAGCACCAAAGAACGGCAGCAGAUGCGGCUCAUCGUGGACGUGCUCAGCCGCCUGCCGCACCACUCCUCUGCCGUCAUCACCGCCGCCAGCACACUACUCACCGAGCUCUUCAGCAACAAGGGGUCCGGGACCCUGUUCAAGAACGCCGAGCGGAUGCUGCGAGUGCGCAGCCUGGACAGCCUGGACCAGGGCCGCCUAGUGAACCUGGUCAACGCCAGCUUCGGCAAGAAGCUCCGGGACGACUACUUGGCCUCGUUGCGCCCGCGGCUGCACUCUGUCUACCUCUCUGAGGGGUACAACGCGGCCGCCAUUCUGACCUCGGAGCCCGUACUGGGGGGCACCCCCUAUCUAGACAAGUUUGUGGUGAGCUCCAGCCGCCAGGGCCAAGGCUCCGGGCAGAUGUUGUGGGAGUGCCUGCGGCGGGACCUGCAGACGCUUUUCUGGCGCUCCCGGGUCACCAACCCCAUCAAUCCCUGGUACUUCAAACACAGUGAUGGCAGCUUCUCCAACAAGCAGUGGAUCUUCUUCUGGUUUGGCCUGGCUGACAUCCGGGACUCUUAUGAGCUGGUCAACCAUGCCAAGGGGCUGCCCGACUCCUUCUGCAAGCCGGCUUCUGACCCAGGCAGCUGACCCUCACCACCAGCCCCGCAGGCCCUGGGAUAACCAGGGUGAACCAAAAGCCAUGCCUGCUGGAGGUGACCCCAGGCAGCCGCAGGCUGGACCAGGCUUGUUGGCUAAGGAUCUGCAGAGGAGGAAGCAGCCCCUACUCUACUCUGCCCAGAGGGGGGCACCCAAGUGGGGACAAGCACAGGAAGAAGGGUGUGCCCAAGACCCCCCCCCCCACCACUGGCUCCAAAGCUAGAACCAGACAGCCUUCAAUUUUCAGUCUAGAGAUCUUGGGGGUGGGGGGGGUGGGGGGCUUGCCUUCCAGGGCUCCACUCAGGGCUAAUCUUAUAGGUGGGCCAGUCUUCUGGCCUCUGUGCUGUUUUGAGGCUCCCUUGCCCACAAUAUUACCCUCAUUUGCUUGAUAUUCCACCACUUAUUUUAAUUCUUUUGGGUCUUACAACUUUCCAGGAGGCCUCGAUUAAAACACAAACACUUGU